AUGGCUGCAAGCAGAUUGUUUGUCACUCGGUGUGUGUCACCGGCUUCACGGCUGCAGAUCCUUUCUACGUCUAGACCAACUCUUCAGAUCUCCACUCAACCCGCCACCGGGCAGGAUUUCUCUCUCCUGGAAGCGAAACCUUUUGAGAGCAUACCAGGUCCGCCAAGAAACAUCCUUACGACAAUUAAAUCAACAUACGACAUGUUAGUCAGUGGAACUAUCCGAAAACCAUGGGUGUUAUUCAAAGAGUUGCAUGACGAAUACGGCGAUAUUGUUUACAGCGGUUUUGGGUCGUCUUUCGAAUCUGUUUUGUUGUUGGACCCGAAAGACGUUGAGAAAGUGCUAAGGAAUGAAGGGAAAUAUCCGCGAAGACUUGAAUUCACUCCAUGGAUAGCAUACAGAGAAUACAGAGGAAAGGCAAAGGGCGUACUGUUAACGGAAGAUCAAAUCUGGAAACGCAACCGUUUGGCAGUCAGUAAACGAAUGUUACAUCCCAAAGAAGUGGUUGAAUAUGCGCCGACUAUUAAUUCCGUGGUAACCGACUUUGUAGACAGAAUGGAAAGAAAACGUCUCACAGAUGAAAACUGUGUUGUACAUGGCAUUGAACAAGAUUUGUUCAAGUAUGCCAUGGAUGCUGCAGGCAGUGUGUUAUUGGAUAGUCGACUAAAACUGUUAGACGAUAAUCUCCACAUUGAAGAGGAAGCAUUUAUUGAAUCUGUACAUGCUAUAUUCGAAGAGUUUGCGCCGAUGAUGAUGAUUCCAACAAAAUUACAUAAGAUGCUGAAUACUAAAUCUUGGAAAAGACACACAAAGGCUUGGGAUACCAUAUUUCAUUAUGCAAAGAAAUUGAUUGACGACAAAAUAAACAGAGUCUAUGAAGAGCUAAAAGAUGACAAUCAGACAGAGAAAAAGGCAGAUUUUCUGACAUACUUAGUUCAGCAAAACAAAAUAAGUGUGGAAGAAAUAUAUGCUAAUUGUACUGAACUAUUGGCUGCUGCAGUUGAUACAACUUCCAAUACGACGCUUUGGUGUAUUUACAUGCUGGCUAGUAACCCGGAUGCACAGGAACGUCUUCACCAAGAAGUGAAAAAAGUCAUUCCAGACAAUGAGAUACCAAUGCCUAAACACAUCGAUCACAUGCCAUAUUUGAAAAGUGUCGUGAAAGAAACAUUAAGAAUGUAUCCGCCAGCUCUAAAUAUUAGUAGAAAAUUAGAUAAAGACAUAGAACUAAAAGGCUAUCGAAUUCCAGCAGGGAUGGCAAUGUCUGGGCAAGUUUUAAUGAUGGGCAGAGAUCCCAGAUAUUUUAAAGACCCUCUCCAGUUCAAACCUGAUCGGUGGCUCAGAGAGAAUGAAGAAAUACACCAUCCAUUUGUUGCUUUGCCAUUUGGAUUUGGUCCAAGGAUGUGCGUUGGGAGACGGCUGGCAGAACUGGAAAUGAGAUUGUUACUGGCAAGGAUUUCAAAGAAUUAUUGGAUUGAGAGCUUAAAAGACGUUGAACCGAUGCUGACAUCAUUAUUAGUACCCGACAAGCCAACGCAGCUGAAGUUUACUAAAAAAUCUUAAAGUGUGUUCAAUUAAUGGCCUUCAAGCAACACUUCGGGUUAAGUUAUUAUCAACAAUUAUAAUUUGGUAUUGAUUGAUAUAAACCUGCGUGUAUCCGUCUAACUUAUUGUUAUAUUCAGAAUAUUCUAUCACUCGCAUGUAUCCGGUAGAAAAUGAUUAAAAAUUAAUUGUGAAAGUU